UCCUGGCCAUCCUGGUGGAGUUUCCGACACAGGAAAACGCAGCGGCGCCGAGCGGGGCGGUGGGGGCAGCUGUGCUGGGAGGCAGAACCGCGGCCCCGCCAUGGACUGCGAGGCCAAGAAGGGGAAGAAGGGCUUCGUGUCACCCAUCAAGAGACUGGUUUUCCCCAAGGCGGCUCGGCGGCCGGCGCUCCGCAGCAGCGUUUACAGGCGGCCGCUGCACUCGGUGCCCCUCUACCCCCCUGACUACCUGAUCGACCCCCAGAUCCUGCUGCACGACUAUGUGGAGAAGGAGGUGAAGUUUUUAGGCCACUUGACGUGGGUGACAGCGUCCCUGAACCCCUCCAGCCGGGAUGAGGUGCUGCAGCUGCUUGACACAGCCAGGCAGCUGAAGGAGCUGCCGCUGCAGACAACGCCGGAGCAGGACAGCAUCCUCAGCCUUUCCGCACGCUGCCUCCUGCUCACCUGGCGCGACAAUGAGGAGCUGAUCCUGCGCAUCCCCACCCACGAGAUCGCCGCAGCAUCAUAUCUACGCGAUGAUGCCCUGCACCUCCUCAUCCUCAAAACUGGCCUGGGAGUGGACCCUGUCCCCGCGGGCGCACACCCCGAGGCAGCCCCGGCCGGCCUGCCCAAGGCCUUCCCCGCCGAGAAGAGGCCAGGGGGCUCCUGGCCAGAGGGCGGGCGCCUCGGGGGCCCGAUGGAGCGUCGGCACACCAUCUGCAGCCUGGACUGGCGCGCAGCUCGGGGCGGGCAGGAGGGCCACCAGGGCGGCAGCCUGGAGCGGCGUCGGGGCGGCAGCUGGGAGCGGCGGCAGCGCGGGCGGCCCUCGGGCAGCUGGGAGCGGCGGCAGCCCUGCGGCGGCAGUUGGGAGAGGAGGCAGGCGGGCACUGCCGGCGGCAGCUGGGAACGUGGCACUGGUUUCGGCAGCUGGGAGCGACGGCACGCCGGCAGCAACCCCCUGGACCCCCAGGACCCCUGCCCUGACGCCUACUCCAACCUCAUCAUCCUCGCCGUGCCCAACAGGGAUGCUGCUGAGGAGUCCUGCGCCCUCAUCUGCCAGGUCUUCCAGAUCAUCUACGGGGACCAGAGCAUCGAGUGUGUGGACCGCGCCGGGUACCACUACACCUCCACACCCACGCGGCCCUGGCUCUCCAGCAGGAGUGAGAGCUGCCGGACAGGCUAUGACGCUGACUUCAGCUGCUGCAGCUCCUUCGAUGGCUCCCACGACACCUUUGAAGCAUAUUACAGCGGUGCCUCCUCACCCUCCUUCCACCAGUCCCACCACAGCCUGGCCACCGCCUGCAGCGGUAGCGACCAGAGCGGAACAGGGCUGGAGCAGCUGCAGGACUACAUGGUGACGCUGCGCAACAAGCUGUCACCACAGGAGAUCCAGCAGUUUGCCCUCCUGCUCCGCGAGUAUCGGCUGGGCAUGCCGGUGCGGGAGUACUGCGGGGAGCUGCUACGCCUCUACGGGGACCGCAGGAAGUUCCUUCUUCUCGGAAUGAGACCCUUCAUCCCCGACCAAGACAUCGGGUACUUCGAGACCUUCCUGGAGAGCAUUGGCAUUCGGGAAGGUGGGAUCCUCACCGACAGCUUUGGCCGCAUCAAGCGCAGCAUGAGCAACACAUCGGCCUCGGCCGUGCGCAGCUAUGACAGCUGGUCCCUGCGCUCCGAGUCCGAGUCCUUCAACCGCAUGAUCACGGACAUUACCCAUGACAUCGAGGCACUGGCGCGUGAUGAAGAAGAGGAGGAGGAGGAGGAGGACAACUACUUGUGAGGGAGGUCUGGAACCCAGCGGUCUCCUCCCGGCUCAUGAUAUGGUGCUGCACCUCCGAGCCCAGAUGGAUGCUGGGUGCUCGGCUCUGCUCGGGUGCCAGGGAUGGGGACGUUGUCCCUCCCAUUGUCAUCACAGGUGGGGACAGGGGUUCUGCACCGCCCUGGCAGCUCUCGGCGGGGCUGGGGGAGCCCUGGGCCGGCAGCACCAUGUGCUGUAAUUUCUGCAGAUUGCAAUUAAACGCCGGGGCUGGG